AAGCACCUCCUCAAUGUUUAGGCAUUACAGAGCAAAACAUGAAAAUCAGGAGACAAACACACCAACAAUGAACACAGGUAGGCCUAUAUAGACAUUGAGCAGCUUUAUAAUUUUUUUUAAAAUUAAUAUGUGUUUUAUUACUUUGAAAUCAAGCAUCUAGGAAGAUUGCUCUGGACCAGGCAGUCCUGAAUUUUAUUAUAAAGGACUGCCAACCCCUUAGCAUUGUGGAGAGUGAGGGGUUCAGGGAGCUGGUUCAGGUCCUUGAGCCAUCAUAUGUUUUGCCAACCAGAAAGACCAUAAAGGAAUUGCUAGCCAAAAAACAUGCGGAGGAACUCGAACAAGUGAAAAUGGAAGUACAGCAAGCUGUGGCAGUGAGUAUAACAGCUGACCUGUGGACCUCUUUGAACAUGGAGGCUUACUUGGCUCUUACUUGUCACUACAUUAAUGAGAAUAUGCAGUUGUGUACAUCUGUGUUGGGUGUGAAACACUUUCCACAAAGUCAUACUGCAGACAAUUUGGCCCAAUUCAAAAAGGGCAUGAUGGAUGACUGGGCCAUCACAAAUAAGGUAAGGUGUCUUGUGACCGAUGCAGCACCAAACAUGAUUGCAGCAACAAGAACUCUCCAAAUUCGACAUUCAAUUUGCAUUGCACACAAACUCAAUUUAUUAGUCAAGAAAUCAUGUGAUCAAAUCCCUGAACUUUCAUCCAUAAGAGAAAAAUCUAGACAAAUCGUGUCAUUCUUCAGAUCCAGCACUACAGCCAAAGAAAAGCUUGCUCAAGUGCAGCAGCAGAUGGGACGGCCCGUCUUGAAACUUAUCAACGAGGUACCAACACGUUGGAACAGCACAUAUCAGAUGCUGUCACGGCUACAUGAUGAGAAAGAAGCAGUCUGGGUAUCUCUUGCUUCUCUUCCAACAGAUUUAACUCCACUUACGGCUGAUGAGUGUGACAUCGUAAGGGAAGCACUUCUUGUGCUGGCCCCUUUCCAUCAGGCCACAGUGGAGUUGUCUGAGGAGAGGAGAGUUUCAGGAUCAAAAGUAAUCCCGAUGAUGAAAAUGCUAUAUUGUGCACUUGAGCGGAACUCUUUACAUCUACACACACAAGCAGCCACCCAUCUCCAUGACCACCUGAGGCGUCGUGUCACAGACACUGCUUCUAAUCUGGAGUCAUUAAGUGUGUUGACCCUCUCAACACUUUUAGACCCCAGAUUUAAAACACUCGGAUUUCGUAGUUCCUCCAAGUGUAGUGAGGCAGUCAAUCGCCUGAAAGUGGAGUGUGCUGCAGUAAUUGCCCGCACAACCAUCUGAGCCACAGCCUGGACCUUCAUCAGAGCAGUCACCUGUUCAGGAAAACCUGUGGCAUCGGCUCGAUGAAGAAGUUGGCAGACAAACAAACAAUGCAACAGCGGACUCCAUCAUUGAGGUCCAGCGCUACUUGGCGGAGAGAAACAUUCCACGAUCAGAGGAUCCUUUAACGUACUGGGGGAAUAGAAGAACAUCUUAUCCUAACCUUUUCCACCUGGUAUUACAGUUUUUGUGUACCCCAGCUUCAUCUGUGCCCUGUGAGCGUGUAUUUUCCAAAGCUGGGGAAAUAGUGUCAAAAAAACGCA